AUGAGCACAUCAAUCGGCUGGACUAUUCCUGAAUGGAAGGAGGCACAGACCAACUCGUCUUACGAGGAGGGCCGACAUCGAUUGUUGGACCUUGUGGCCACCUUCAAGGACUAUAAGCGUGGAGAUCCCGCGUGGAUCACUCUUGCCUCAACAGAACUUAUCAACAAGCAAUGGAAGGAGCUUCAACUGAUGAAAAAGGACCCAGAGUCCCUACCACUCUACGGAGUCCCUUUCGCUGUCAAGGACAGCAUUGACGUGGCAGACUUUCCAACAACAGUUGCCUGCCCCGCCUACCUCUACGUUGCCAAGGAAGACGCCACCACCGUCCGUCUCAUCAAGGAAGCUGGAGGCAUUGUUGUCGGCAAAACCAACCUGGAUCAAUUCGCUACGGGUCUGGUUGGAACCCGAUCUCCCUACGGAAAGACCCCCAACACCUUCUCCGACAAGCACGUGUCUGGUGGCUCUUCUUCUGGUUCCGCUUCAGUUGUCGCCCGAGGCCUUGUUCCCUUCUCGCUCGGAAGUGACACCGCAGGAUCAGGUCGAGUUCCUGCCUCUCUCAACAAUUUGAUUGGUCUGAAGCCCUCCGCUGGCAUCGUUUCCAUGAAGGGUGCGGUGCCUGCCUGCAAGACCAUCGACUGCCUCUCAAUCUUCUCUCUGGUGCUAUCUGAUGCCCAGCUGGUGUUCAACAUUACCGCCCACUACGAUAAGGAUGACUUCUACUCGCGAAGUUUACCCCAUCGACCUCUCAAGUCCUUUGGCCCCGCCCCUGUCUUUGCUGUCCCUGAGAACCCUUUGUGGUUUGGUGAUGAGCUCAAUCCUGAGAUGUUCGACAAUGCCGUCGAGCAUCUGCGACAACAGGGCGUCAAGGUGGUCAAGAUUGACUUUAAUCCUUUGUUUGAUCUCGCCAAGUGCCUCUACGAAGGUCCUUGGGUAGCUGAGCGAUAUGCUACCCUCAAGGAUUUUAUGCAGAACCGAAAGGAAGAUAUGAACGAGACUGUGUACGGCAUUAUCAAACAUGCAGAGACGUUCACUGCUGCAGACGCCUUUUCUUACGAAUACAAGCGACGGGCCAUUGUGCGGAAGAUUGAGGAGAUCUUCUCUUCAAUUGAUGGUCUGUUUGUGCCUACCUGUCCUCUAUUCCCCACCAUGGAUUCUGUGGCCAAGGAGCCUGUCACUGUCAACGCCAAUCAGGGUACUUACACCAACUUUGUCAACCUUGCUGAUCUCUCCGCACUGGCAAUUCCUGCUGGUUUCCGAAAGGACGGCCUUCCAUUUGGAAUCACACUCAUCUCACAAAAGUUCAACGACCAUGCUCUGCUGGACAUGGCUCAGAAGUUCCUAUCUACUUCUCGACCCCUGGGUGCCUUACCCAAGGAUCAGUUCACUGCUAAGAAGGGUGAUGCUCUGGCCUCCUCCAUUGUUGACAAUAUGCCUCGAACCAUUCCCCUGGCUGUGGUAGGAGCCCAUAUGACUGGCAUGCCUCUCAACUGGCAGCUUCAAAAGGUCGAGGCGACUCUUGCCCGACGAACCCAGACCGCUAAAAACUACCGACUUUACGCGUUGGCCAACACCGUUCCUUCCAAGCCAGGUCUUCGACGAGUGCUACCUUCCGACACUACUCUUCGAGGCGAGGCUAUUGAGGUUGAGGUUUGGGAUGUUCCUUACCAAACCUUUGGUGAGUUCGUCUCCAUGAUCCCUCAUCCUCUUGGUAUUGGAACCAUUGAGCUUGCCGACGGCAAGUGGGUCAAGGGAUUCAUUUGCGAGCAGCAAGGAUAUGACGACGCCGAGGACAUUACCAAAUUUGGAGGCUGGAGAGCAUUCAAGGCUGAAAUUAAGCUGAAAUCGGAGUCUAAGCCCUUUGAGACGGUCCUGGUGGCCAACCGAGGUGAGAUUGCUGUCCGACUCAUCAAGACUCUGCGAAAGAUGGGAAUUAGAGCUAUUGCGGUCUUCUCCGAGCCCGACAGAUUUGCUCAGCACGUCCUUGAUGCUGAUGACUCCGUUUCUCUAGAGGGUACCACUGCUGCCGAGACCUAUUUAUCCAUCCCCAAGAUCAUUGCUGCUUGCAAGCAGACAGGCGCUGAAGCCAUUCUUCCUGGCUACGGUUUCCUGUCUGAGAAUGCCGACUUCUCUGACGCUUGUGAGGAGGCUGGCAUUGUCUUCGUUGGUCCCACUGGUGACUCCAUCCGAAAGCUUGGUCUCAAGCACUCUGCUCGAGAGAUUGCCCUCGCCUCUGACGUGCCUCUUGUUCCCGGCACUGGUCUGAUCGAGACGGUUGCCGAGGCUGAAGAGGCUGCCAAGAAGCUCGAGUACCCCCUGAUGAUCAAAAGCACCGCUGGUGGAGGUGGUAUUGGUUUGCAGAAGGUCGACAAGCCCGAAGAUCUCAAGCGGGCGUUCGAUACCGUUAAGCACCAGGGUAAGUCUUUCUUUGGAGACGAUGGUGUCUUUAUGGAGCGAUUUGUAGAGAAAGCUCGACACGUGGAAGUUCAGAUUCUCGGUGAUGGUAAGGGUAAUGCCAUCGCUAUUGGUGAGAGAGACUGUUCUCUUCAGCGACGAAACCAAAAGGUAAUUGAGGAGACUCCCGCCCCUAACUUCCCUGCCGAGACUCGAACGCGGAUGAUGAAUGCCUCCGAGAUGCUGGCCAAGAAUCUUAACUAUCGAGGGGCAGGCACUGUGGAGUUCAUUUUCGACGAGAAGCGAAACGAGUUCUACUUCCUAGAAGUCAACGCUCGUCUGCAGGUCGAACAUCCCAUCACCGAGUACGUCACUGGUCUGGAUCUUGUCGAGUGGAUGAUUCUUAUUGGUGCUGGUAAGGCUCCCGACUUUGAAGCGCAACGUGCUAAGACCCCCAAGGGUGCUUCUAUCGAGGCUCGUCUCUACGCCGAGAACCCCAUCAAGGAUUUUGUGCCGUCUCCGGGCCAGCUCACGGACGUGCAGUUUCCUACUGACGCUCGAGUCGACACCUGGGUCUCCCGUGGAACUAAGGUCUCAGCCGAGUACGAUCCUACGCUUGCCAAAAUUAUUGUUUAUGGUACUGACCGAGCUGACGCUCUGCAGAAGCUUCAGAAAGCUCUGGAAGAGACUGUGGUUGCCGGGGUGACUACCAACCUCGAUUACCUCAAGUCCAUUGUCGGAUCUGAGAUGUUUGCCGAGGCUAAAGUCUCCACCCAAGUGUUGGAUUCCUACAAUUACCAUCCCAACGCCAUUGAGAUUACUGCGCCCGGCUCCUAUACAACAGUUCAGGACUAUCCUGGCCGAACCAAGUUGUGGCACAUUGGUGUUCCCCCUUCUGGGCCUAUGGACACAUACGCCUUCCGAGUGGCCAACCAGAUUGUUGGUAACAACCCUAAGGCUCCUGCCAUUGAGGCUACUCUUGUAGGUCCCUCUAUUCUGUUCCACAGCGACACCGUCAUUGCCGUCACCGGUGGAUCUGCUGAGGCCACCCUGAACGGCAAUCCUAUCGAGUUUUGGAAGCCAGUGAAUGUCAAAGCUGGACAGACUCUGGCUACUGGUCGUCUAACCUCUGGAUGUCGACUGUACAUUGCCAUUCGAAAAGGCUUAUCCAUCCCCGAGUACCUUGGCUCUCGAUCCACCUUUGCUUUCGGUAACCUUGGAGGCUUCAACGGUCGGACUCUCAAGUUUGGCGACGUCAUCUUCAUGAAUGAUCCUGAGCUCCCUUCUUGUUCCAUUCCUGCUCCCAUUUCCGAGCCUGCUCCUGCAUCAGCUGAUAUGAUCCCCCAAUACGGAAACUCCUGGACUGUUGGUGUUACCUGUGGCCCUCACGGUUCGCCCGACUUCUUUGCCCAGGGUUGGAUGGAUACCUUCUUCGAUUCCAAGUGGAAGAUUCACUACAACUCCAACCGAUUUGGUGUUCGAUUGAUUGGCCCUAAGCCGGAGUGGGCUCGAAAGGACGGUGGAGAGGCCGGUUUGCAUCCCUCCAACCAGCAUGACUACGUCUACUCUCUGGGGGCUGUUAACUUCACUGGUGACGAGCCUGUCAUUCUGACAUGCGACGGUCCUUCUCUUGGUGGUUUUGUUUGUGCUGCUGUUGUUGCGGAGGCUGAGCUGUGGAAGAUUGGCCAGGUGAAGCCGGGAGACACUGUGCAGUUUGUACCCAUGUCCAUCGACUCUGCUCGACAGCUUAAAAAGGCACAGGACAGAACCAUCACCAACCUGUGUGGUUCUUCGUAUGAGUCUGUUGAUGCUCUCCUUGCCCUUGAGGACUAUGAGAACCCCGUCAUAUACACUCUUCCUGCCUCAACGUCCACUCCCCGUGUCGUCUAUCGACAAGCUGGAGACCGGUACAUUUUGGUUGAGUACGGCGACAACAGCAUGGACAUUAACAUAUCAUACCGAAUCCACCGACUCAUCGAGGAGGUUCAGCAGUCCAUAAAGGGCAUUGUCGAAAUGUCUCGAGGGGUUCGUUCCGUUCUGAUCGAGUUCCAUGCUUCUGCCUCUCGAUCCACUCUCAUGAAAGCCCUGGUUGAUUUUGAGAAACGACUCCAGAUUGUCGAGACCUGGCAGGUGCCCUCUCGAAUCAUCCGACUUCCCAUGUGUUUUGAGGAUUCCAAGACCCUCGAGGCAGUCAAGCGAUAUCGGGAGACCAUUCGGUCAAAGGCUCCGUGGCUGCCCAACAACGUCGACUUCAUUCAACGCGUCAACAAAUUCUCCGACAGAUCCCAGGUCAGAGACAUUCUCUACACUGCCCGAUACUUGGUCCUGGGUCUUGGAGAUGUGUUCCUCGGUGCUCCUUGCACUGUGCCUCUUGAUCCCCGACACAGACUGCUUGGAACCAAGUACAAUCCCUCUCGGACCUACACUGCCAACGGUACUGUCGGUAUUGGAGGCAUGUACAUGGCUAUUUACACCAUGGACUCCCCUGGUGGUUACCAGCUGGUUGGUCGAACCAUCCCCAUCUGGGACAAGCUGUCUCUUGGUCAGGAACGACCGUGGUUAAUGUCUCCCUUUGACCAGAUCGAGUACUACCCCGUUAAUGAGGAGGAGCUCGACAACAUCACCACCGAGGUGGAGAAUGGUCGAUACGCUGUGGAGAUAGAACAAUCGGUCUUUGACUUCGGCGUUUACUCUGCGUGGCUUAAGGACAACUCCGAGUCCAUCGAUGCCCACAUGGCUUCUCAGGCCGAGGGUCUGGACGAAUUUACCAACCUGAUCAAGGUCGCCAACGAGGAUCUGUCCUAUGGUAAGGCUGUAGCCCCCAAGGAAGAGACCCCGCUGUCUGCGUCAGCCGUCCAGGUCUUCUCGGAGGUCACUGGUCGGUUCUGGAAAAGUUUGGUUGCUGUUGGGGAUACCGUUGACAAGGGUCAGGCUAUCCUUGUGGUGGAGGCCAUGAAGACCGAGAUGAUCAUCAACACUCCGACGGCAGGAAAGGUUGUCAAGUUGUACAACAUCAACGGAGAUAUGGUGGAUACUGGGGAUUGUGUGGCUGUUAUUGAGCCAGUUGUUUAA